CUUUUAGACCGAGACAGGUGCAACUCUUUGGCGCCACACAUCCCUUAAGUUUCUCUGAGGUUGUAUUUCAGUCAUCUUCUGCUUCUGUGCACACUCCCUCCCCCACACAUAAACAUAAAGGCUUUAGCACAAGCAGGAAAAAAAAAAUCAUGUGUUUCUGAAUUUUUACACCAAGUUCUAUUUGAACUUGUUAGUUCAAUUGUCUAUAUCUAUCUGCCUUUACAUAAAAACACGACUCCCGACUGACAGUUCAGCAGUCGGACACAGCAGCUGUUGCUGUCCAUCAGCAUUGGAGAGGGGGUCAAGCAUACCCAGAGAGAGAUAGAAAUGUGUGGUGCAGCUGAGGGUCAGGGCAAGGUGCUUGGACAAGAAGCUGGAAAUCGCUACAUUUGUGUGUAACUUAAAACCACAGGAGGUCGACAGCCUGUUUGAGCUCUGCAUCCCAAUUGACCCAAAUCCAAGAGACCACAAACCGGGAACAGCAAUUGUCUGCGCGCUACGUACACCUUCUCUUCUGGGCAUACUCGCCCUCCUGCUUGGACUCCUUCGGACACUUCAACAGUCUAAGACCAUGGAGGACUCCAACAUCAAAGAGGAAGCAGGAGCUGCUGUGGAUGCAGAGCUAGCCAAAGCCAUAAUGUCUCGGCAGUUCCACCCCUCUCUCAUUGGUCCGGAGGCCUGGGAAGGAUACAUGUUUUCUGAUAUGGAGAUCCGUAUCAAAGAGUCCACAGACCUCUAUGGAGCUGUACUCUGGCCCUCGGCGAUGGUGUUAUGUUAUUUCUUAGAGAACAAUCUGGACAAAUACAACCUGACAGAUAAGAAUGUGAUUGAACUGGGUGCUGGAACUGGGCUCGUCAGCAUCGUAUCCAGUUUGUUAGGCGCUAAGGUGACCUCCACUGACCUACCGGAUGUACUGGGAAACCUCAGGUACAAUGUUGUGCGCAACACCAAGGACCGAUGCAAGUACAUCCCUCUGGUCACAGAGCUCAUCUGGGGUCAGGAGGUGGAGCAACGUUUCCCACUUGCCACACAUCGUUUCGACUACAUCCUGGCAGCUGACGUUGUGUACGCUCAUCCUUACCUGGAAGAGCUGAUGGACACCUUUGACUACCUGUGCCAGGAGAACACACAGAUCCUGUGGGCCAUGCGCUUUCGCCUGGACCCAGAGAACAGCUUUGUGGAUCGCUUUCGUCAGCGCUUCCAUGUGGAGCAGCUGUAUGACCUCCCCAGUCUGAGUAUCAAACUGUACCGAGCCUGGAGGAAGGACGGGAGGACCAAGAACCAAGGACAGGCUGCUGCCUGAAAAGUUAAAAAGACAGAGAACACACACGGUGUUACUGGAAAUGUUUUAAUUUAUUCUGUAAUGUAAUAAGUGCUGUCAUGGAUCACAUGUACAAAUAUCUUAAUGUCAGUUUAACAUAAUGUCAAGCUGUGAUCCAUGUUUUUACAUAUUAUAUUAUAUGAUUUGCAGUAUUUGGUGAACUCUUUGUCAAUACAGAUAAUUUAAUAUAAUUGAUUUGAAUAUUAUUAUUGUCAUUGUUAUUAUGAAGUACCAUUUAACAUCAGCGCAACUUCCAAGACAACGACCGAAUUCAGUCUUCAACAAAAGCUAAACAGAUUUAUCGUAGAGCUGCAUUCCAUUUGGUAAAUUUGGCAACUCCGUAUCUGCCUGGAUACACUCAAGCUUCUUUUUUAUGAACUGGGUUGACAUCCAUCAGAAGCACAUACUCACACUCCAGGCCUUGGCUGUGUUUUGGUCCAGUCAGCUCACAGCAAUGAUGGUCUUGAUCUUUCCAGUGGAUUUCUGAUGAGCUUGUGGAUUUUAUUUAGGAGGCCUGUUGCUAGGUGACCUUACAUGCACAAUAUGAUCAGGUUUUAUGACCGCAACGCGUGCCAGCUUUAUCAAGGACAGAAGGAGCAUAAAGCUAUGCCAGCGUCUCAAGAACUAUUGAGUUGGAUUGCCUUUGAUGUUGGAACAGUCACUAAGGAAUCUCUUAUGACGGAUCCUGUGGGGACCAUGAAUCACUGGAGAGUGGACAUGAUAACAUUAAUACCAGCCUACAGCAAGUGCAGCUGAGCUUUAAAGUACAAACUGAGGCCGGUGAAAGUGCAAAGCCAGGUGUGACAAGAGAACAAUGAGAUGUCCUGAAAGGGACACCGUACAGAGGAUAAACCCUAGGACGGAAAAUAACGUGACACUGUGAAAGUGACUUGUAGUGAUGAACCUACAGAGAAUUAUCACCUAAAUUUACAUCUCCGCUCAGCUUUACACAGUUUUAAGAUUUUAAAAGUUUAAAAAUCAAUAAACAUGACUUAAAAUAAACGAUAAAGUUGUUCCAUAGCUGCUGGAUGUGUAAAUAAACACCUGUUUGCU